CCAUGAAGCCUGGAGGACAAUCUCUUUACGCGCUCCAGCCUCACAAGCCUUUAUUUUAUAGAAAGUACAUUCUAUGACUGAAUCUGGCAGAAAUGUCAAUAUAUACCCAAAAGGAACCAAUGGACGAAAAACAUUACAAGAUGUUCUCCGCUGUUCACCAGGACUGUGGCGCAAGUUCCGUCAAUUGCGGGCCUCCGCUCAAUUACUUGUGACAAGACGCAGGGUAGUGCACAGAAUAUUUGUUCCGCGCAGAACGUUUUUCGUCCUCUGGGCGUUAACCAUUACUCUGUUUGUGUACCUUAAGUGGUAUUUUCCUGUGCAUGCCACAAAAACGACAACUUUCAACGGUCUGUUAGAAUUUAGAAAAGAUUGGUGCCGAGUACGCAGGGUUGCAACGGACUGGGAACUACUGGGAGCAACUUGUGAAGGGAACACCAAAUUUGGCGUGGAUUUACCCGGUUGGGGAAUCCAAAACAGGACCGACCCCACUAAAAGCAUUAUUCCUUUUAUGGACAUUAAACCUGCUGGGGAGUUUAGCAGAUUCAGCAUUCAGUCCCAGUCCUAUAACGGUCAACCCAAGACUAUAGGAGGCGACGAUUGGAGGGUUCUUAUAUGGGGACCAUCUGUGCUUGCACCGACAGUGAUUGAUCACGGCAAUGGAACGUACGAGGUGCUGUUUCUUAUCCUGGAGCCUGGAACCUACUCUGCGUCGAUCGUGUUGGAUUACUCGUUGUGUGACGGAAUGAAAAACCCUCCUGAUUACUGGUUUAUGAUAGGUAUGGUGCGGUAUUUACAAAAUUUAUAGCGCUUAUUUCUCCGGUAUCGAGCUGUAGAAACACGAGUGGAAGUUUGGGAGAAAGAGCAAGGCUGUGGGAGCAUGAGCCGAUAGCAGCGUGUUUGAACAGCUUUUUCGAGUUCUCCCAAACUUUC